UUUUUUUUUCCUUUUUCCAAAAUAACUAACAUCUUCUUCAGCAAGCUACAAUGGAGGAGAGAGAAAACUCCAAUUUUCCAGAUUCAAAGCUCCUUCACCAAGCAACCAUGGAGGAGAGAGAAAUCUACAAUUUUCGAUCAACAAUGCCGGAAACCUCCAAAGCUUCCAAUUACAAAAACCUAAUGCGCGAAUUUCUGCAAUUACAAAGAGAAAAUCGACCACCAUUAACGCAACAUCCAGAGAAAACAUGGAGUUUCGACCUCAAUCAAACAUUCAGAGAAGGUGAAGCAGAGAAUUUCGUUGAUGAUUUCGAUGAAUUUAAUGAUGAUAACAUUCAAAACUCAAAAGUUCCAGAAAUUCAAAUACAAGAUAUUGAAAAUCAAGGUGUUUCAAAUACAUUAGAAGAUGAAGAUCAAGUUAUUCCGAACACACUAGAUGAAGAAGGACAACCAGUAGAUGAAGACGAAGGUUUACACAUUGUCUCUAUUUAGAGACUUUGAAGAGGAAUUUGGCUACUCAAUAGCGACCACAGUACAAAUUCUAGGGAGAACUGAAGAAAACAUUAUUCUUUAUGAAGUAUCGCUAGAAGAAAAGCCAUGGUCUUCCCAACACGUAAGUUACAUACAUGAGAGCCAAACUAUAUGGUGCACUUGCAAGAAUUUCGAAGCUUCUGGUUGGCUAUGCUAUCACUGCCUCAGAAUUUUACAUCUACAUUCUAUUACAAGAAUUCCAGAGAAGUACAUUAGCAAAAGAUGGACAAAGCUUGCAAAAACUGAAGUAUGGAAUAAAAUGGAAAAUAAGGAUCCAAAACUCCCAUAUACACCAUGGAGACAUACAAUGAUGAGAAAAUAUUAUAACUUAAUCUUAAAGAGUCAAGAAAAUGAAAAGGCAAGAGCAUUCAUGGAGGAAAACUUCAAAAACUGUAUGAAAAUGGUGGAAGACUUACUUGCGGCCGAAGCUUUUACAGAGGAGGUUGCUGCAAGUGAUGACAAUUCUAAUGUGGCAGAGAGUGCUCAGAGUACCAAUAAUACUGCUUCUUCAUCAACAAGUACAACCAUACCCACUAUAUUAGACCCUAAGAGAGCUGUAACAAAGGGAAGAAGCAAGAGAGCAAAAGGAGCACUUGAAAAAGGGAAGAAAUCAAAGCAAAAAGCAUUACCAAAUCCAAAUUCAGAGUUUGGAUCGAAGACACCUACUGUGCGACUUUUUUGAACUUGUAGUGAGUUUGGAUGAAACACAAUUGAAUACUUUUUUGUAGUGAUUUUAUUUUUGUUUAAUGCUACUAUUGACUUUCAUACAGAAUUUUGAAUUGUGAUAUGGAAUUGCUCAUGAAUUAUGAAC